AUGCCUGUACCUCCAGCUAGUGGCACGGGUAGAUAUUACGCUUUAGCUGCCAAAUCGAUUCGUUUAAUACGCCAAGGAUGUACAAACAGGCCAUUUUUUCACAUAUCAGUAACACAGCGCAAGAGAUUAAACAGUCAACCAGUUAUAGAACAACUUGGGUCGUAUGAUCCGAUGCCAAAUAUGAAUAAUGAGAAAUUGGUGGCACUUAACUUGGAACGAUUAAAAUUCUGGUUGGGACAGGGUGCCCAUGUUACACCACCAGUCGCUGAGCUACUAGGUUUAUCAGGCUUCUUUCCAAUACACCCAAGGUCAUAUAUGACAGCCUGGAGAAACAGAAGAGCAGAGAAAGAAAGACUGGAAAAAGAAGAAACAGCACAGAGUACCUCGUAA